CGCAUCGCCCGUCGCUCAAUCCGAUUCGAACGGCCAGCGAAGGCGAACGUGCGGCUAGCGAACUCGCGCGUCCGAGCAAGCGUGGUGUGUGGACAGAGUUUUCGAAGUGUGUGAUACGUGCGUGGUUUCAUCGUGCUGAAGAAAUACUCGAAACUAUCCGUUUGAACAAUUCAAACACUUUGUCGCGUGAGCCAGCCAACAAACCCGAACGUGAAGAGUUUUCGGGGGCUCCUAAUCGAAACCUGUUUACUGGUGUUGUUUGUGUGGAUCGAAGUUGUGUGAUCUUCCCCAUUCUAUAUUGAGUUUUAUAGGUGGAUUUGUGGUGAAACAAGUUAUUGGCCGGUACGGGCUCAGAAGUUGUGUGCCAGUUUCGGGAGUUUCGGGAUUUUCGACCGGUCGGAAGUUCCUGGUUCUCCAGUGCGAAACGGGAGUGACAGUGAGUCGGCGAGUCGUUUCCGCGUGUGGGUGAUUUUGUGUAAGUGUGUCUGUGACCGCAAUAUCUUGUCUGGGGAAUUCUUGAAUUUCUUACCGAAAACAAAAUCGAAGAUAAUCAACCCCGAUAGCCCCACAAGCAAAGUUAGCGACGCGGGCUCGCGAGUGAUCAACAGCAGUGUGUGUGUGAUCUUACCGGUUAGAAGGGGCAUCUUUGCCGGGCAAGAUAGGAAAUAAGAGAAACCGGACUCGCUCGCUGACCUGCGUUAGAAAGGCUGUGGUGUACAUAACGAGAACAGAGAAGUGUUUGAAUUUCCCGAAUCAGGCCCGUUCUUCCAAAAAUUCCACACCGGAACAGGUUUCGGUAGACAUAACCGCUGUCUGUAUGCAAAAAAAACCUCUAUCUUCGGAAGCUGUGGACGAUUUUUAGCGUGUGCUUUGGCGGGAUAAAGAUGGACUGCAGGUAGGCGUGAGAAGGAGAAGUGGAAGCAGUAGAAGGCAAAAAAAAGGUACAUAUUCCCUCAGUUCCGCGUUUCGGUGGUUCAGUACGAUUGCAGACGCGAGCAAGGAUGCAUGCGGCCAGGAUAGUUGCCUGCCUGCUCGUCCUGUUCGGUGUGCGGUCUAGUGUGUGCAGUUUGCCGUGCGAUUUCAUAGAUUCGGUCAACAUUACCGAUGGCGAACGGUUGCCGAAUGAUGAGAUCCGGCACAAUGGUGUGAUCUACAACAAGACGUACUACCGGGUGAUCGAUUACGAUUACCAGGACUUUGCUACGAAAAGGUACGUGCCGAACUAUGUGCGCGGUUGCCUGUGCGCGGUGCGGAUCUGUGUGCGGCUGUGCUGCGGCGAGCACGAGUAUCUUGGGAAGCGGUGCACGCACACGGACGACUAUCUGCCGAUCCUGGUGAACGUGAGCGCGACGGAAGCGGUCGAUCUGCGGAACCAUUCACUGUACGGGUUCCUGUACGGGAAGCCGUGCGAGCAGGUGUACGAGCUGCUGCCGGAGGAAAGCUCGGCCGACGAGUGGAGCAUCGCGAGGAACGGCAGCCUUAUCAUUGCGGACGAGCUGCUUAUCCAACGGAACCAGUACUGCCUAGCGCCGAGACAGAAUAAUGGCUUCGCCUCCGGACUCGUCUGCUUCACCACGAACGAAGAAUUCAAGUACAAUCUUUAUCCGGUCGGCAUGCUGCUGUCCGUUCCGUUCCUGCUGCUCACCUUCUUCGUGUACGCCUGCAUACCGGACCUGCGGAACAUGCACGGCAAGUCGCUGAUGUGCUACGUGCUGGGCUUGAGCGUCGGUUACACCGUACUGUCGAUGGUGCAGCUGCGUGUCUUCCCCGGCUUGAGCGCGUCCUGCGUAAUCUCCGGGUACAUCGUUUACUUCUCGUUUAUGGUCAGCUUUUUCUGGCUGAAUGUGAUGUCGUUCGACAUUUACUGGACGUUCAAAGGCGUCACGGGUGUUCGCAGCUCGGAAACGAAGAAAUUUCUCCUGUACUCACUGUACGCCUGGGGCUGCCCGAUCCUGCUGGUAGCGACGGCAAUUAUAGCGGAUUACACCGACAUCUUGCCGAUCUAUUUGCGGCCCCAGUUUGGUACGACCAGGUGUCUCUUUGUUGAAAACAAGCUGAUUGAAUUCCUGUAUCUGUACAUGCCGCUGCUGAUUCUGGUGUUUAUGAAUGUGGUGUUUUUCGUCAUUACUGCGCUGCGUAUCUACAAGAUACAGUGCGAAACUUCGGUGGUGCGCCGGGGUGACUCGAAACGGCACACCAAACUUGACAACGACCGUGAUAGAUUCGGACUCUACCUGCGACUGUUUAUCGUGAUGGGAGUCACCUGGUCGCUGGAGAUUAUCUCCUGGGCCGUCGAUAAUAAUGCCUGGAUAUUUUACGUCUCGGACGUGUGUAACUGCAUUCAAGGAUUUCUCAUUUUCGCCCUGUUUGUGUUGAAGCAGAAAAUUAAACGAUUAAUCUACAAAAAGUUCGGUAUACGGGAGAUCCGACAGGAGCAGAAGACGUCAUCGUGCAGUACGCGAACAACGGCCACCAUGGUUUCGUCCUACCAGGAGUCCAAGUCGGACAACCCGCUGGUUACGCGUGAGUCGAACCUACAAGCAUCGGACACAACAACAUCGCAUCAGUACGCGUUCGACCGUGGCCGCGAGCUGUUCCUCUUCCUGGACUUCCUGGUUUGGGGAGUUGUGUUGCGCGAAAAAAGGGUGUGCAAGCGUUGCUAUGGUUGUAGUAGCAUGCGGGCAGCAGCAACUGUGAUGAUGAUGUGCGGUGAAGUGACGCAACGUGUGCCUUCUUAUCGGGGCAUGAUAAGACCACGUCCGGCACAGCGGCGGCAGUGUUGGUGGUGGCAUUCGAUAGCAUUGCUUUGCCUUGGGACGCUGUUCCUCCGUAUCGGUGACGUCGCUGCAGCAAAGACUCCCUGUCCGUUGGUGGAGUCCGUCGAUAUUAGCAACGGCGUGGAGAAUGCGGACGGUUCCAUCGAGCUGGAUGGCGUUCGGUACGGGUCCAAUCAGUACUUUCGCGAUGCCAACUCAACCGUCCGCGGAUGUGUGUGUCUCGUGCGCCAGUGUCUGCACAUCUGCUGCCCAAUGGGGUCGCCCGAAGGGGAACCCUGUCCACCGGUGGCGCUGAACGUGAACUUCUCCAUGACACCGGACGGGACGGUGCACGAUGUGCGCAACCUGCUGGACAGCCCGAACUACCAUUUGCUUUACUUCAAUCCGGAAUGUUCCGGCGCGCUGCUAACACUGUACGGGGACGAGUACAUCGUGCGAUCGGACGGAUUGCUGGCAUACGGUGCGUCGACGUACGACUAUCGACACUACUGCUUGCAGGCCGACGAACCGACCGCACUCGCCGGCUACUGCGAAACGGUGGAUGUACUCGCGAUGCAUCGCAUGUACUCGAUCGGCAUCAUCCUGUCGCUUCCCUUCCUGGUGGCAACGUUCGUCGUGUACGCCCUGCUGCCCGAGAUGCAAAACAUCCCCGGCAAGUCGCUGAUGUGCUACGUGGCGUGCCUGACCGUCGGCUACCUGCUGCUGGCGCUGAUGCGCUUCAGCGUGUACAGCUACCGAUCGGGCUGGUGCGUCGCCACCGGGUAUCUGGUGUACGCGGCCCUGCUCGCCAGCUUCUUCUGGCUGAACGUGAUGGCGUUCGAUAUUUUCUGGACGUUCGGGGGCAGCCGGGGCCGGUCGAGCGAGCGGCGCAAGUUCCUGUACUACAGCCUGUACGGGUGGGGUGCACCGCUGGCGAUCGUGGCGCUUGUAGCCCUGCUGGACAACACCGAGUUCGUACACGAGUCGAUGCGGCCCCAGAUCGGUGCGGAGCAGUGCUUCGUCAGCACGGAGAUGCUGAUUGGGUUCCUGUACAUGUAUCUUCCCAUGCUGCUGCUCGUGAGUGCCAAUGUGACGUUCUUUGCCGUGACGGCGUACCGCAUCUUUCGCAUGGAGCAGGCGACCGCUUCCGCCCUGUCUGGGGAAUCCCGGCGCCACACCAAGUACGAGAAGGAUCGCAACAGAUAUAGUUUGUAUUUGCGGCUGUUUAUCAUCAUGGGCGUGACCUGGACGGUGGAGUUCGUUACCUGGCUGGUGCGCGAACCGUCCUGGCUGAUCUAUCUGGUCGAUAUCUGCAACUGUCUGACGGGCAUCUUCAUAUUCGUGCUGUUUGUGUGGAAGCAAAAGGUGAAGCAGCUGCUGCUGAAACGAUUCGGUUUCUCCCAGGCCUCCGCCAGUCGGAACGAUCAGCACACCAACAGCACCAUCAGCACGACGCGUACGACCGACCUGAAGGCAAACGCGGAGACGCGCCUGACGGAUGUGACUCACGGGAAUUGAUGGAAUGUUUACACAAUGGACGCGAGCACGACGCACCGACCGAGCGACCGACCGGCUGCAGCAGUUAAUGUAUUCGCGAAAACCGCGGGCUAAUGUACUGCCGUCUUCAAUUGGUGAUCGACCAUUGUUUCAUGUACGGAUGAUGAUUGACCAUUAGGCGUGCGAGCAUGGCCAUGAUCACCAACCUUAACUGGCAAUCAGUGCAAGUAUAUCGUUAUUUGCUUUUUUAUGGCACAUUUCGUCUGAUCUUUUGGGGAAGGUUUAAGUGUGUGUGUGUGUGUGGAGCGUGCGAAAUGAUGCAUCUUCGAUCACAUGACCUCAUUGUAUUGUAGGGCUUUCCUUUUCUGUCGAUAUCGGAUAAAGACUUUCUUCACAGAUAAACAGUCAUUGACUACAUCGUUUUGAAAAAAAGCAUUAAAUUUAUGAAUCCUUCCUCUUCUAUUUGGCUUAAUGUCCUAUAGGGACCUGUUGGCAUAUAUUGGCUUUUGAGACUUAAUUCAGUAUAACUUACCCGUAUAGUAAGUCCUUGCUACGAGGGGACGAUCCAUUCUAGGGUUGACCCCAUGACGAGCAUGUUGUUGAGUCGUACGAGCCGUACGUAAAAUAAUCGUUAAGUAUUCCAAAGUCACACGCAACACGAAUGGAAUAGCGAAUACUCAUGCAAAAACUGGUAAAUCGAUAGGAACAAUUCAAACUGUUGAAAUAUUUCACAGCUGCUUUGAAAUAUUUCAAAUCGAGCCGGUCGAGCAAAUGUUUAAUCGAUUUUCAUUUAAAAAUUUAACUCCAAACGUCAUUUCCAAUCACGUUUUGUCGGGUGAUUUUGAUAAGAAGAACAACAAAUAUGCAAAAAUACUUACCUAAUUGUAUGUUUAACUGUAAUCGACUAAAUUAUAUGAAAAGUUACUUAACGAGCAUCAAGCAUUUGAACAAUAGUUAUUCGAAAAUAGCUUAAUGUAAGACAUUCGCAAUGUAAAUCAGUGUUAAUUCCUUGUACUCUUCAGAGUACUUCUAUCUACCUCUCUACAUCCAUAUUAAACUAUUCCAGUGAGAUACGCGAAGAAGUACAAGCGAUCGCCACAAUGACUCACCAACAUGCAUGCAUUAAAGUGAUUCAUAAAUCUUGAUAUUUUCAACGCAUUAGGUAAACACAGCCAUGCAGUGCCAGAAAACAACCAUCUGUUGCUAGUGUGCGCUCUAUACAUUCUGUAUAUUUUGGUAUGUUUUGUACGGCGUCGUUGCUGGUCGUUUAUAUUCAACUAUAAAACUGCUUUGUACUUUAUGAAAUAGUGUAUGUUUAGUUUGCUAAUUUUACAACAACGCAGCGUGUAAAGAGUAUUGCAUCGAUGCAAGGGAUAGUAGUAUUGUGUUAAGCCGAAGAAUAAAUCUUUAAUUGUUCAAUGUCAAGC